AGGAAGCUGGCGGCGAAGUGGCCGCGGACUAAUUCGAAAAAUAAGUCUCCGGGAGCGACAAGCACACUUGACCGAAGCACGCUCGCCACGGAAGGGUGCACCAACGCCGUGUGCCCUCUCGAGUGCUCGCGAGUGACAAUUAAUAAACGCCGCGUCGCGCCGCGUCCAUCGUGUUCCUCCUACUCUGCAGCACGAGUUGGCCAGUCGACCCGUGACCACCACCGUGCGUACACCAGAGAGAACAGUGUGAUUUUACGAUGACGAUUUCCUGUUGAAAAGAAGGGGGCAGAUUCGCACGACGGAUUUCAAUGGACUCGUCGUUUCGUACGAGUAAAGUGUCGAACGAUGCGUCGAAGAGGGACUGAAAGUGAGGAGUGCGAAGCGCGGUGAAGGAACUGUCGAGGGGAUGGAACGAGAUAAGGCGGAAUCGUUGCGAAGAUUCGAAUAGAGCAAGUGUGUCUGCAUCAUAUUUUCAAACAGGACUGUUUUCGGAUCUAAAAGAAUGUCGGAUAUCAUAGAAGACGACAAACGAAGCGAAGCUUCCCCAAAACCGUCCCAACUGACCCCUUUCAGUAUCGCUGACAUACUCAGUAGAAGAACUUCUUGCGCGGAGCGACGAGGUUCAGAGUCGGAAGAGGCGCAAGGUGCUGCGUCGUUCACCAGGAAGCCCCACCAAGAGUACGACUGUUCCGAGAACGAGCACCAGGAUCGUAAUCAGAUGGCUAGAUUCUCGAGGCUACCUUCGCCGGAUCUGAGCGUGGCCCGAGAGCUGGACAUCCUGACGAGGAAUCUGGUCCACGCCAAUAUCUCCAACUUCGGGACUAUACCGCACUUGGCCCAGGGAACGUUCAAGCACCUCGAGAAUCUAGGAAACAUGGGUGGCUAUCAGCCGGUGAAGGACUCGAGGGAAGCUUUGCAGAGGCAGCAAGACGAGGCGCUGGACAUGAGCAAGAAUAAAUAUUUGGAGGACGGAGAGGAGGACAUGUACGAGGCCCAGAAUCACGGGCAGAACCUUCAGAGCAGGAAGAAACGGAGCAGGGCGGCCUUCUCUCACGCGCAGGUUUACGAAUUGGAGAGAAGAUUCGCGGCGCAGAAAUACUUGUCGGGCCCGGAACGAGCGGAUCUAGCGCGGGGAUUGAAGCUGACCGAGACCCAGGUCAAGAUCUGGUUUCAAAACAGACGGUACAAGACCAAAAGACGGCAGCAACAGGAGCUAGGCGCCCUGGUUAAUUCCGGAAACGCGAGGCGCGUCGCGGUUCGAGUCCUCGUGCAUCCGGACGAGCAUCUGAGGGGAUUGCCACUUCGUGGUUCCGGCCAACUUCCCGGGCAAAUGUCAGCCCCGCAAAUUCAUCCGGCGAACAAAGCGCUCGGCGGUUUCCCAUACUACUGCCUCCCCUAUCAUCCCCUGCUCUGCCCGCCCCUUCACUCCACUCAUAUUCAGGUGCAAAACACUAUCGCGCCGGACCUGGAUCCGAGCCAAUUGGCCAAACUCAACGACGAGAAGUAAAUCGAAAAUUUCCCUGAUUUCGGAUCGGAUCGAAAUAUUAAAGUGGUAUUCGGCUGAAAUUGGGAUUGUUCAGCUCGUGUAUACAGGGUGUUAAUGAAAUUUGCGAAACAUCUUUCGGAAGGGCUCGAUUCUGGGAACGAAAAUAAAAGUCGAUGGCUUAUUUAUUAUUAUUUUUACGGCACGUUUUCGAGUCAAUGUCAAAAAUUUUAGAUUAAAUAGAGGGUUUGGUUUCAAUUCUUAUCUAUGCAUCUUAUUUUUGUAUAUCGUUGUAUUUAUGCAUCACGUUAAAUUUAGCAAUGGAAUUGUCCGAAAAGGAAUUCAAGGGAUGGAUUUUAUGAAGUAGAUAGGAAAAUCGAAAUAUAAGGCUUCUUUUCGAUUCCUAGGAUCGAUCUUCCAAAGAUGAGCCACGAAUACAAUAUAUCCUAUUGUGCCUAACUAUGGAGAAAAGGUGUAGUUUAUUGACUUUCGUAAGAUUUUCCAAGAAAAUUUAAAGAUAAUUAAAAAACAUUGUGAAUCAUACUUAUUAUUUUAUCUAAAAGUUAAUCGAAUUGUAUUUAUUAAAGGAAAAAUAUUUAUGCAAUUUUUGUUUUAGUACUCAAAUUCAUGCAAUAUAUUAGUAGAUUGCAAACGUUUGUGCAAAUUAAAAUUUAAAAUAGAACCGAAAUAAAAUUUUAAAGUCAUAAUAUAUAUUUCAACAAAUGGAUACAAAAGCAAAAAUUGCUCAUCCUUGCAAAUGAAUUCAUUUAGCAAAAUUAAUCAUUCCUUUACUUGCCAUCGACAAAUCUAAAAUCUCGUUUUACAUUUUUCCACGAUCACUAAUUUUCUCCAUAGUUGGACAAUAUAUUCUUGUUUCCAAAUGAAAGUUUUCAGAAAAUUUCUAGAUCGAUGUUAAGUUAUUAUAGAUCGGUUAAGCUAGUCUGAAUUGAACUGCGCUCGAUUCUUUCUUCCAAAAUGUUCUAUUUAAUUAAUAUUGAAAAAAAUUAAAGAAAAAGUUUAAGAAGAGAUGUUCGUGAAUUAUUGUAUAACUAUUAUUAUUAUUAUCAUGUAGUUUUAUUUUGGUUAUCUUUAAAUUAGUCUAUUUUCUGUUCUAAGCGAGGAAUUGAAAAAUGUUGACUGAGAAUUGAAUACGUUAAAGAUACAUCGCAAUGUAAAUGUUCAAUGUUCUCUGAACGAUUCUGAAUGAAUCCAAAUAUCGAUUAAGAGGCACGAUUAUCGAUUCGAUAUCGAGUCGAUGUGAACGAAUCCACGCGUUAAUUAUAAAUUUAAAAAUAAAUAUAUUACAUCGCAGACUAGGAAGAGGAUUGUGUAAAUUAGCGUGUAAAUAAAACUGUAUAAAAUGCAAUUUCGAUCGCACGGUAUCGGUAAGUGAAAUAUUUAUUUAUUCUGUGACCAUGGAAUAUCAUUUGUUAUGGCUGCCACGUAAAACGCACAAUUGAAUGCGUAUAUAGAAUAAGUGUACAUAUACAUUACAUUUCAUAAAAUUUAGGAAGAAUUAUUUAUUGUUUGUUAUCAUAAAUAUGUCUUUUUCCCUACUUCAGAAAGAAUAAAUAAUAAUGAUAAAAUUGGACAUAUAACACUCAUCGUUUCAAAAACGUACACUUUUCUUCUAUGUACUCAUUCAAUUAAUAAUAACCAAUCUAAAAUUUCAAAUGUAGAAAAUUUCUUCGAUCUUUCACAUUCAACAAACUGAAUUUUUCUAAAGACUAGAAUAACAAGACUGGCAGUCCAUUGUUUCGUGUCCAAAUUUUAAAAAGAACUGUUUAAAAAGAUUUUGCGCAAAGCGAAUUCGAUGAGAAAGAAAAAAAAAUUCAAGAGUGCAAUAAGAAUCGAUCAACACUGAUAUCGAUUAAUCAUAGUGACACUAAUAUAAGCACGCGUCCAGCCACUCCGAUUGUUUCUGCGUACCUAUGUGAUCAUACAGAUUUAUCUCGAAAUAUACGUGGUUCAUUAAGAAAACA